AUGUCAUCCUCUUCCCCGGCCCGUCCGCCCACGGAGAACCAAAUCUCCUCGAACCCGGGUGUCCAGGUACAAGUCACGACUCACAACAGUGAGGGCAAAGCUGUAGUCAAGUCUACCACACCCGUGAAGUGGGUGCGGUACGACGAUGAUCAGCUUGCCAUGUCAGUCCUGUACACGACCCAGUUCCCUCCAGACCUCAACAACGAGGCCGACAUCCAGCUCCACGAGGACCGCGUGGCCAAAGGCCCCGAGGCGACGGGGCUGGCGCUCAAGGGAGGCACAGUGCUGCGCUACGUGGAAUUCUCACCGGGAUACACGUGCAUGAUGCACCGCACGCAGAGCCUAGACUACGGAAUCGUCAUGGAGGGCAGCGUGGUCGCGGUCCUGGACAGCGGCGAGGAGCACCCCAUGAACAAGGGCGACAUCAUGGUCCAGCGGGCGACGAUGCACGCGUGGAAGAACCCCAGCGAAACAGAGUGGGCGCGCAUGCUCUUCUGCCUGCAGGAUUGCAAGCCUCUGUUCGUUGGAGAGGAGAGGUUUAAGGAGGCUGGAGUCGGAGAUAGUCUCCCGCCAUCUGGGAAUGAUGAUUAA